AUGGACGCCUUACCAUCCGCCGGUGAUGGCGAUGCCGACGGGGGUUUCCCAAACAUUUCAGAAACUCAAGUCGACCCCGACGGAGACCUCAUCCUGCUAGCGGGGCAGCAGACGGAGGAUCCCGAGGGGGCUUUCCGCGUCUGCGCCAGCGCCCUACGACGCUCUUCGCAGGUCUGGGAGAAGAUGCUCUUUGGGCCGUUUGAAGAAUCUAAGCCGGCCUUUGGGAUAUGGCUAGUGAAUCUCCCCAAAGACAAUCCCGGCGCGCUGGAGAUUAUCCUUAACAUUAUCCACGCGAACUUCCCCUUGGUCCCGAAUUCGCCAAGCCUGUUCGAGCUGUAUGAGGUUUUCCAGCUGGCAAACAAGUACGACAUGAUUUCGGCCCUACAGCCGUGGGCUGUUGCCUGGUCGAAUGUGGCGGAGAGUGAUGCGGCUGUCACCGACGGGCUCAGCGUGGCUGCUUUGGCCUACGUCUCCUGGGAGCUGGGACACGUCGAGCUACAUAGGGAGAUGAUGGGGACACUGCUCCUACAGUCUUCUCUCGACAAGGAUGGGCGUAUGAUUACUAGCGAUGGCGUGGUGCUGGACGAUUUCGAGCCCAUCGGCCCACCUAGUCACCUCGGUAAUUUCAAUUCUACUGAACAAGUACAUACACGCGCCAAUUUUGCUGACAAAAAGUGUCUAGAGUUCCUACGCAGACAGCAACGAGACAUCUUCCGCACUCUGCCACUUCAAUUAAAUUCCGUCAUUAGGGAGCUCACAGGUGGCCAAGGCUGCUGCGUUGACGAGACCGGCCUCCGCGAAGAAAAGGCGGCGUGCAACAACAUUAUCCUUGGCAGCCUGCUUAGAGGGAUGGCGAGAGCGAGGGGAAUGAUCUCCUUGACACUGACAGGCAAUGCAGACGAGAGUGUUGCUGACUUUGCGGAGGUAAUCAGAUCUAUUGCCGAACAUAUCUCUACCUACGCGGGGCACCGAGAUCGAUGCAGCCCUAUCAUAAGGAUCAGUGACAUGUCUCACAAGCUCCGCAAGGGCCGAAUUGUAAAUUUGACUAAGAACACUGUGGAUAAGAUGGAAAAGAGGCGGGCGGAACUGAAGCUGAGUCUGAAUUGA